CACACAAACACAAAAAUAUUAUUGCUACAAACCAAUCAAAUUUCUCCAAUCUCCACACCAAUCACUCCGUGGAUAACCCAAUAAAACUCUUCCAAUCUUCCUUGGAAACAAUAAAAUAAUCCCUGGAAAUAACAAUUUUACAGAAAUGGUGUAAUACAAAACAAACACACACAGUCACUCACUGAAUCACUAUUCUUCCAAAUCCAAAACUCCAAAAAAAAAAAAAAAAAACAAAAUCCCUCAAUGGAAGAGAAACGCCGCGAAGCCGGUACGCAACCGGCUGCCGGGGCAGCCGAUUCGCCGGCUUCAGCUGAGCCGAUCUCCUCUUCGCGGCGGAGAGCCGGGGCACAUAAACGAAAAGCUAGCAACCUCGGUGGCAGCGGCGCGUCGAACUCUCCCUCUUCGUCGACGCCGUCGAAGCGCGUGACUCGCGAGAAGGCGUCGCUCUCUCACUCUCACCACCACCACUCUCCGAUCCACAAUGGCCCGUUGACUAGGGCCGCGCGCCAGGGCCCUAGCCACCUCGGUUCCGCCUCAGCGGCUUCGUUGGCCGGGGCGGCGGUGGGGAGAGAGAAGACGAAGGAGCUGGCGCUGGCGGCUCAGGCUGAAGCGAUGGAGCGGCGUAAAGAGAUUGAGUUGGAAGCUUUGGAGGCAUCGAUGGAAGCUGAUUUCGAAGCUAUCAGAUCUCGUGGCACAAAUGCUCAUGUGGUUCCCAGUCAUUGCGGUUGGUUUUCGUGGACAAAAGUUCACCCUAUCGAGGAGCGCAUGAUGCCUUCUUUCUUUAAUGAAAAGUCUGAGACUCGAACUCCUGAUAUGUAUUUGGAGAUACGUAAUUGGAUUUUGAAGAAAUUCCAUUCAAAUUCAAGCACACAAAUUGAAUUGAAGGACUUAUCGGAGCUUGAAGUUGGAGACUUGGAUGCAAGGCAAGAGGUGAUGGAGUUUUUGGACUACUGGGGUUUGAUUAAUUUCCAACCUUUUCUCCCGACAGAUUCUGUUGUGCCCACUGCUGAUGAUGAUGGAUCAGCUAAAAACAAGGAUUCCUUGGUUGAAAAAUUGUAUCGCUUUGGAACAUUGGAAUCAUGUGUUAGUGUUGUUCCGAAGACCAAUCUGACAACUCCAGCUAUGCCUUCUGGGCUUUUUCCAGAGUCUGCAAUUGCAGAAGAGUUGGCAAGGGCUGAGGGGCCAGCAGUUGAGUACCAUUGCAACUCUUGUUCUGCUGAUUGCUCUCGCAAGCGCUACCAUUGCCAGAAGCAGGCAGAUUUUGAUCUAUGUACUGAUUGCUUUAAUAAUAGAAAAUUUGGAACUGGCAUGUCCUCAUUGGAUUUUAUUCUCAUGGAGCCUGGUGAAGUUCCAGGGGUAAGUGGUGGGAAAUGGACUGAUCAAGAAACCCUCCUUCUCCUUGAAGCACUAGAACUUUAUAAAGAGAACUGGAAUGAGAUUGCAGAGCAUGUUGCCACAAAGACAAAAGCUCAAUGUAUAUUGCAUUUUCUUCAAAUGCCAAUUGAGGAUACAUUUCUUGAUUGUGAUGAUGAUAUUGAUGCCAGUUCCAAAGAAAAUGCAGACCCAGCUUCCACCAAUAAUGAUUCAUCUGUCUCUAAAGAUGCCCCUGAGACAAAGGAAAGUAAGACUGGUGCUAGUGAGGGUCAGCCCCUAACUUCCCCAAUGGAAACUUCAAAUACAGAAGAUACAAGUGAAGUGAAGGUUGGUGAGGAAACUUCAAGACCAGAAGAUGCAAGUGAAGUAAAAGUUGGUCAGGAAACUUUAAAACCAGAAGAUGCCAGUGAUGUGAAAGUUGACCAGGAUGAUGGUGAAAAGUGGGCACUGAAGGCUCUUAAGGAAGCAUUUGAGGCUGUUGGUUAUCCUCAAGCACCUGAUAACCCACUUUCGUUUGCUGAAGUGGGAAAUCCUGCCAUGGCAUUGGCAGUGUUCCUGUCACGGCUUGUAGGACCUGAUGUUGCGAUUGCUUCAGCCCACAGUUCAUUAAAAUCCAUAUCUGGAAGUUCUCCUGGCAUUCAGCUGGCUGCUAGGCACUGUUUUAUUUUGGAAGAUCCACCAGACGACAAGAAAGAACCAGUUGGUUCUGGGAGGGAUUCUCAGGAAGAUGGAAACCUGGAAGGCAGAAAUGAGAAAGAGGAUAAGUCUUCCUCAGUGUUGGAUGAUAGCGUUUUAUCUAAUAACCAAAAUGAGAAGAAAAUUGAAGAUUCUGUACCGGACGAAACUCUGAAUAGUGAAUCCACAGGAAAAGUGGUUGCUGCAAAGAAACAAGAUACUAUAGCUUCUUGUGAGGAUGCUGGACAACAUAGUUUGGAUGAAACAAGCAAUUCAGAGGUGCAAAAGGACCACCAACAAAGUACUAUGAAAGAUUCAGGUGAUUUAACAUCCAAGGUGGAUCUUCCACUGAGUUCUGUGAAGGAAUCAGAAGUGACAGUGGAAGAGACUCCUCAACCUGCAGAGGCUGCAAAAGAUGUACAUUCGAUUACUGAUUCUCGGCCAGCAGAAAAGAAAGAAAUUCAGCAAUCAGUUUCAUCAGAUUCCGUGAGAGAGGCACCACAACCUUCGGAGGCACCAAAGGAUGUAGAUAUGUCUGAUUCUCUGCCCUUAGAAAAGCACAAGCCUGAGCAACCAGUUGGAACCAAUGCAGUCGAAAAGCCUCCCCAACCUACUGAGGCUUCAACAGAUGUAGACAUGGCGGCUGAUUCUCUGGUCCCUGAGAAGGAUGAGCAUCAGCAACCAGUUGCAACAAAUUCAGUUGAAGAGCCCUCUCAACCUAAAGAGGCACUAAAUGAUGUAGUUAUGGCGUCUGAUUCUUUGCCCUCAGAAAAGAAUGAACCUUCACUACCAGUAACAUCAAAUCCAGUGGUCGACAAUGAAGCAAGUGAGGAACAAAUUGAAGAUGGUAAAAAAGUCCAACUCGAGACUACAGAGACAAAAAAAGACGAUAACAAAUAUGAUAGAGUAAAGCGUGCUGCAGUUACAGCAAUCUCUGCAGCAACAGUAAAGGCAAAACUUCUGGCAAACCAGGAAGAAGACCAAAUCCGACAACUUGCUGCAUUUUUGAUAGAAAAGCAGUUGCAUAAGUUGGAAACCAAGUUAGGUUUCUUUAAUGAGAUGGAAAAUGUGGUACUGAGGGUAAAGGAGCAAUUGGACAGGUCAAGGCAGAGGCUUUACCAUGAGCGGGCACAGAUAAUUGCAGCCCGGCUUGGUUUACCAGCUUCCUCAUCUAGAGGUGCAAUGCCACCAUCAUUACCUACCAACAGAAUUGCUACAAACUUUGCAAAUGCAGUUGCAAGGCCCCCAAUGAGCAUGACUGCCCAAAGGCCGCCAAUGUCAAGACCCAUGGGGACAGUGGCUCCCACCCCUCCAAAUCCAUUUACAUCCAAUGCAAUGGCUGGAAGUUCAAUACGGCCGUCCAGCUAGGAUAAGCUUUCUUCAGUUGGGACAAAGUUGAAUGCAUGUGAUAGUGUCUCAUCCAUUUUUGUUCCCUGAUAAACUACUACAAGUAUUACAAGUCUACCAAGGAUUUACGGAUUAGCUUUAACUCCAACAACAUGAGUCAUCUGCAUGUUUGACGAGCAUCAAUUUGUCUUGCAAAAUCAGCAGAUGCCUUGUCCUUUACAUCAUAGUAAGGAAGAUUUGUCCAUUAGCAAUUUAGCAUCUUCCUUUGCUAAGCCAUAUUCCAACUUAUCCCGUUUUUUAAGUAAACAUUUUUUUUUCAGAAGGUUAAACUUCAGUAACUAACAGCUAGGAUUUUGGAAUUUUGGCUGAUGUUAGUUAUUAGUAAGGCUAGGUCUUUUUCAGUAGUAUUUAAGAAAUUCAACUUGUAUAGGUAAAUGAUUGUUCCGUGCCAAAUAGAAUACU